UUGACACAUCAUUGCGCGUGUGUGACGUAGCGGCGGAUGCAGACGACCUUAAAUACGGCCUCGCUUCCCAUGUGCGACUGCAGUCUGCGGAAAUCGCUGCUCUACACAGGCGCUCACAUUCCACUAGCUCAUUUAAAGAAGCUAUCCACCACAGCACCACGAUGUCCACCAAGGAGAAGCUGAUCAGCCAUGUGUCCAAGGAGGAGGCAGUUGGCUGCAGGAACAAAGUGACAGUUGUGGGCGUUGGCAUGGUGGGAAUGGCCUCCGCUAUCAGCAUACUGCUCAAGGAUCUGUGUGAUGAGUUGGCCUUGGUUGAUGUAAUGGAGGACAAACUCAAGGGUGAGGUCAUGGACUUACAGCAUGGCUCCCUUUUCCUGAAGACGCACAAAAUUGUGGCGGACAAAGACUACAGUGUGACGGCAAACUCCAAAGUGGUGGUUGUGACCGCUGGAGCCCGUCAACAGGAGGGCGAGAGCCGUCUGAAUCUGGUGCAGCGCAACGUCAACAUCUUUAAGUUCAUCAUCCCGAACAUUGUCAAGUACAGCCCUAACUGCAUCCUCAUGGUGGUCUCCAACCCAGUGGACAUCCUGACUUACGUGGCCUGGAAGUUGAGUGGAUUCCCCCGCAAUCGUGUCAUCGGGUCUGGAACAAACCUGGACUCUGCUCGUUUCCGCCACCUGAUGGCAGAGAAGCUCCACCUGCACCCCUCCAGCUGCCAUGGCUGGAUCAUUGGGGAGCAUGGAGACUCCAGUGUGCCUGUCUGGAGUGGAGUCAAUGUCGCUGGAGUGUCACUGCAGGCACUGAACCCAAAUAUGGGAGGAGACUCUGACAGUGAGAACUGGAAAGAAGUUCACAAACAAGUAGUUGCUGGAGCCUAUGAAGUCAUCAAGCUGAAGGGCUACACCUCCUGGGCCAUUGGUCUGUCUGUGGCCGACCUGGUGGAAAGCAUCAUGAAGAAUCUGCACAAAGUGCAGCCCGUGUCCACCCUGGUCCAGGGGAUGCAUGGAAUCGGCGAGGAGGUGUUCCUGAGUGUGCCCUGUGUCCUGGGUAACAGUGGUCUGACUGACGUCAUCAACAUGACCCUGAAGCCCGAUGAAGAGCAGCAGCUGAGGAAGAGCGCUGAGACUCUGUGGGGAGUACAGAAAGAGCUCACUCUGUGAGCAGGCUCCUCCUACUGGCCGGAGAUCACUCCUAAACAUACUAAUUGUGUCCAUUGUCAACAUGCAACAAUGUAUUAGACCAGUUCUUAAAAGGUCAAGGGUUUGUGAAUGAGCUACAUUAUCUGUCUAAUAUUUAAAAACGUUACUCAUUUCAUGUUCUUAUUAGCACAUUUUUCCUGCCAUGACUGAACUUACCAUAACUUAAAACGGCAGUUUACUCCCAUACUGUAUGUACCUUACUGUAUGUCACUGUACUGUACUGUACUGCUGCUGCUGCUGCUGCACUCCCUGCUUGUAGAUUGUAUUUAAGUGUAUGUAGUUGUUACCAGUGGGUCAUUUCCAAUGGUAAUCUGUUUGAUUUUUAUCUACCACAAAAUGGUGACAUUCCAUUCUCUGUGAGAAAGGUGUCCUCUGCAGCCUGUUAACUGCUGCAUAUCACUGGGCCAGUUCUUGUGAUGCCGAAGCACUCUGUGGCUAUGGGACGUCUUCUACUUAUAACUUUUAGUCCACUAAAGUGCACUGAUACAGCCGAACCUAAUAAUAAACAUUUUGUGUGAACACAACAAGAACGAGAUUCAACAGCAAAGGAACCUGCUCGGACUAUGCUGAUAUGGUUAACAAUCUGGAAAGGUGUUGGUUUUAUGUGCACCAUAAACCCUCCAGAGUAACAUGAGUCAUUCUAUCUCUGGUAAAACGGCGCCAAUGGUGAUGGUAUUUAUUCGUUUAUACUGAGCUCUAUUUAUGUUUUAAUGUUGCAUUAGAUUUCUAUUCUAGAUCAGAUCCUGUACCUGUGGUGGCAGCUGCACAUUGAUUUUUUUAUUUUGCUGUGACAUCAAAUAAAUCUGCCAGGAUAACAGGAUAA